GCUGGCCGCGCCGCGCCUCUGGGGCCUGGAGGCGGCGGCCGUGCACGCUCCCCUCAGGGCCCCGUCGGCCGCGGCCCGCUGCGGGGGGAGGCCGGCAGGGGCGCGGCCCUGUGGCGGGCCCAAGCCGCGGGAAGAUGACAUCGCGGAGAUGGUUUCAUCCAAAUAUCACUGGAGUAGAGGCAGAAAAUUUACUGCUAACAAGAGGAGUUGAUGGAAGCUUUCUGGCCCGGCCCAGUAAAAGUAACCCAGGAGAUUUUACUCUUUCGGUCCGGCGAAAUGGAGCUGUCACCCAUAUCAAGAUCCAGAACACAGGUGACUACUAUGACCUGUAUGGAGGAGAGAAGUUUGCCACCUUGGCUGAGUUAGUUCAGUAUUACAUGGAACACCAUGGACAGCUCAAAGAGAAGAAUGGUGAUGUUAUAGAGUUGAAGUAUCCACUCAACUGUGCUGAUCCAACAUCUGAAAGGUGGUUUCAUGGGCACCUCUCUGGAAAAGAAGCUGAGAAAUUAUUAACAGAAAAAGGAAAACAUGGAAGCUUCCUUGUGCGCGAGAGUCAAAGCCACCCUGGAGACUUUGUCCUUUCUGUUCGGACAGGGGAUGAUAAAGGGGAGUGUAACGAUGGGAAAUCUAAAGUGACACACGUCAUGAUUCGGUGCCAGGAUCUGAAAUACGAUGUUGGUGGAGGGGAAAAAUUUGACUCGCUGACAGAUCUUGUGGAACACUAUAAGAAGAAUCCCAUGGUAGAAACUUUGGGCACAGUACUGCAACUCAAACAGCCCCUGAACACAACCCGUAUUAAUGCUGCAGAGAUUGAAAGCCGGGUGCGGGAGCUAAGCAAGCUAGCAGAGACCACUGACAAAGUCAAGCAAGGCUUCUGGGAAGAAUUUGAGACUCUGCAGCAGCAAGAAUGCAAGCUACUGUAUAGUCGUAAAGAGGGUCAACGGCAAGAAAACAAAAACAAGAAUAGAUACAAAAACAUUUUACCUUUUGAUCAUACCAGAGUGGUUCUACACGACGGUGAUCCGAAUGAGCCUGUUUCAGAUUAUAUCAAUGCUAAUAUUAUUAUGCCUGAAUUUGAAACGAAGUGCAACAAUUCAAAGCCAAAAAAAAGUUACAUUGCUACACAAGGCUGCCUACAGAACACGGUGAAUGACUUCUGGAGAAUGGUGUUCCAGGAAAAUUCUCGAGUUAUCGUUAUGACGACAAAGGAAGUCGAAAGAGGAAAGAGUAAGUGCGUCAAGUACUGGCCUGACGAAUACUCGUUAAAGGAAUAUGGUGUUAUGCGUGUUAGGAACGUUAAGGAAAGUGCAGCUCAUGACUACACACUAAGAGAACUUAAACUCUCUAAGGUUGGGCAGGGGAACACAGAGAGAACAGUCUGGCAGUAUCACUUUAGAACUUGGCCUGAUCAUGGCGUUCCCAGCGAUCCGGGCGGCGUUCUGGACUUCUUGGAGGAGGUUCACCACAAGCAGGAAAACAUCUCGGAUGCAGGACCUGUGGUGGUGCACUGCAGUGCGGGGAUUGGGCGAACAGGAACUUUCAUUGUGAUUGAUAUUCUUAUUGACAUAAUCAGAGAGAAAGGAGUGGACUGCGAUAUUGAUGUUCCGAAGACCAUUCAGAUGGUGAGAUCUCAGCGGUCAGGAAUGGUUCAGACAGAAGCACAGUACCGAUUUAUUUACAUGGCAGUACAGCACUACAUUGAAACGCUUCAGCGCAGAAUUGAAGAGGAGCAGAAGAGCAAGAGAAAAGGGCAUGAGUACACAAACAUUAAAUAUUCUUUAUCGGACCAGACAAGUGGGGAUCAGAGUCCUCUUCCACCAUGUACUCCAACCCCGACCUGUCCAGAAAUGAGAGAAGAUAGUGCUAGAGUAUAUGAAAAUGUGGGGUUGAUGCAACAGCAGAAAAGCUUCAGAUGAGAAGCUGUACAGAAAGUUCCAUGCAACGGAAGAAACAAAUAUGGCUUUUUUUUUAAAAAAAAAAAGGUCAAGAAAGAGAUGGAAGAAGCUUCACAUGAAGAGUGAACUCUGAAGGCUUGGUACCUUUUUAUUUAUGUUUUUAACCCUUAAGCAAAACUUAAGACCAUUUUAAGAUCAUUAUAUUCUUUCUUGCCAAUACCUGAUUUACAAAAUUGCUCAUUUUUUUUUUUUUAAAUAAAAAGGAAAGCCUCUCUGUAAUGUAGGAGGAUAUUUUGUAGAAUCAAUUUUUGAGGCCAGCAAGCUAUUAGACUGGCAUUCACUUUUUUAAUAGCAUUUUUUUUUUUGUUUCAAAAUUUGGUUAUUAGCAUUUUCUGUUUAUCUGAGCAGUUGUGGGAUUUUUUUUUUGGGUGGGGAGCAAUGACUUGAGCAAGUCCAUUACAUUAAUAUAAAAUAGUAAAGGGAACAAUACUUGAUUGUUUUGAAGACAGUGGAUCACCCACAUUAAUAGAAACAGCUACAUGAUAAAAUUAGUCCUGAUACAUUUCAAACUUGGUCUGAGUUUCAGUGGUGAGCAGUAACUCUUUGAUAUGAAGGUGCUUUGUGUGAUAACUGUUGGCUUUGAUUACUUCUCAGCUGACUUGCUGGACGGGCUAUUUUUGAGUAAUGACAAAAAGUAGCCUUUGCAUCACAGUAAAAUAAAGAUGACCUUUACCGAAGACACCAAUAUACUGUUGUUCUUGAGACACAGUGGCCUACCAGGUAUAAGGCUGUCUAUGUUAAUUUGUCAGCAUUCAUCUGUUUAAGCAAGAGAUCAAGCCUGUGGAGUUGAGACUUUUUUAGCAAGCUGCACAAUGACACCUUGACAGUGUGUUAAAACGGUGAAACUGGUGAUAACCCACUGUGCAGCCUGUUACUACAGGAUAAGGCAACCCUCCCCCUUUUAAAAAAAAUAUGGCGGUAGGGCUUCUGGUUUUCAGGAAGGCCUUGCACUAACAUAUGUGGUUAAUCUAGAGCUUCUUGAGGAAAGAAGUGUGUGGAAGUUAGCUAUUCCCUUAGUUGAAACGGGCAGCGCAGGCAACAAUGCCAAGAAGCUUGUGGUCUACAUCAUCAGGCCGGAGUUUCACUAACCUACCUAAAGUGCCUUUCAAAGCCACCUCCAAUUUGUUGCCCCCAUUAAAUUAAAGACAUUGAGUAUAUCUCAAAACACUUUGAUUGUUGUUAGUGAAACAAAAGAGUCUUGGAGAGGUUCCUGCAGGGAGAGAUGUUAGGCUGUCAUAGUUACCAAGAUUUCUUAAGUUCCAAUAGAAAGGGCUUGUAAAUGCUUCUUGUAAAAGAAGCUUUCCCUGUCCCAUGCUCUGGACCUGGCACUGAAGCCUUUAGCAACUGUGUGCACACAUUAAUGGCAGGAUCAGGCCCUGGGAGUAGGUUCUCCUGGUGUCUUAGCAAUAGCUGUCCCCUCGUUAUUUGGGGGUGUCAUGUGAUUUUUAGCUCUGCCAUAAGCUGGUAUGGAGGAACCAGUCCCAUUUUCACCUAGUGUGUGGUGAAAUGGGUAGAUAGUGGUACAACAGCUGUGUUACGGUGCAGUGAAGUGCAGAAAGGAUUCAGGGCUGAUGAAGUAAUGUUGUUGGACCUAUUAAUGAAAUGAUGCUAAAGCCUAGAAUGUAAUUAGUGCAGCGUUGUCAAAGGUGUCAGGUCUAUGGUGAAGUGGGAGAUUGUAUUACCUUUCCCUCUGAGUGCUUUGCAAAAAUCAAAUACUUAACAUUUUUUGUUUGAACUGAAUGAAGGUGCAUCUUAAUAGUAUUAAGCUGAACUUUCUGUUGUUUUGCCUCUUGUACUGUGUCUUUUGAUCUUGAAACUCUGGUCACCAGCAUACAAUAAUACGUGUCUUAAUGUUACAGUCCAGCCAUAACAUUUAAAAUUCCCAUGGCUUGAUGAAAGAGUAGUCAGUUUUUUCUCUCUUGUAGUCAUUUGUUCAUAAAUGGGAUAUUUGUUUUAAGUUUAUUUAUUUUUUUGGCAAUAGUUAAUGGGUUAAGGUGAAAGUGUUGUGUGAUGAUGUUGAGUAGAACAGUUUAAUGAAGCUUUGUCUGUUUAACAUUUGCGUGGCAUUACACGGUGCUACACCUCAAGACACAGACAGGUAUUCAGUUUAGAGGAGAAUAGUGUGCAUGUUCAGAUGUAGAGCUACUUUGCACCAGAAAGAAGUUCAGAGGAAUGUACUGUACUUGGAUUGAAAAGAGUAUCUGGUCCGCAAGGCAUCAUUUAUAUGAUGGGUCUUAAGAUUGGCUUGGGUAGGUUACAACCAGGAUGGCAAUGUACUGAGCAGGAAGCUGUCCAUAUAAGACAUAGGUUCAGCUGCUUAGCACUUGCCAUUUGAAGAAUUUGAUCUUGAAACUGAGGAAGUCUCAUCUCUUCUAGACGCGUGUGUUUAAUCUUGAGGAGCACAUGAUGGAGGAAUGUCGCCUUAACGGUAGAAAGGCCUCCAAAAGACUUGGUGAGCAGAAGAGCUCAUUUUCUUCACUGGAGUGUUAGGCCCUGCUGAAAACCAAAGGGGGAAACUUCGCGAGUUAAAACCUUGCUGCCUUUUAAACCUAGUCAACAGAGGGGUCAUUUUUAGUGUGUCUUUCUGAAUUAUUUUAAACUUUGGUUGAGUUUGAUUCCAAAUAAAGCAAGGGUGACACACAUCCUUUGGUACAGGGGGUGGGAAGCAGAUAUGUGGUUUAGUUUUUGUGUAUGGUCUUUUUAGCGGGGUUUUGAAAAACUAACUGAACGUCACUCGACAAGCUGUUGCUGUACCAGUGGAAUGGGAAAGGGAUGCAGUUCUGAAGUGUUCGGUUGUAAAAGACUGUAUACCACAAGGGAAAUUUUAAACCAGCUCCAAGGCACAAUAUUUUAAGCCAGCAUGAAUCUGCUGCAGACUUCAUUUACUAAAUAGCAUACACUUUGAUUUCAGGUAACAAUUAUUAGGCCUCAUUGAUUCUUCUGUUAAUCUUGACCAAACUUUUUUUUCCCCCUCUCCUGAGGUAUGUGUUCAAAAAAAUAUAAUUAACUUCAUUAGCUAUAUCUUAGUUAUAAACCCGUUUCCCUUUCAUUGUAGGGCUGGGGGAAAUCAAACAGUUGGUACUAGGACAUUUUUUCGUAACAUCAUUAUUACAGGUUAAUUUUUUCCAUUUUAAAUAGUGAACCAUAAUUAUUAAUUUUAAGCCUGUUUAUUUAUGACACUAUUGUGAUUGAUUGUUUUAUUACCGUACUAAAGGCUAAUGAAAAAGGAUCCUUAGGCGGACUAGACCUUACUUUUUGUUUUCCUGCAAUGUAUGAAGUAUUGUACCAGAGUAUUAAAUGAAAUGUAAUAUUUUAUUGCAAAUCUCUAUCCUUUAAAAGGAAUACGUUUAGGAUGUCAUCAAUUUGAUGUGAAUCAUGUAAAUGUUGAUAAUGCGCUGUUUAUUCUACAUUUAGUGUUUCAAAGGACUCACUCACUGCCUUUUUGCCCACGUACAUUCUGUAGACCAUCUACAAUUGUCAAAAUGUGACAUUAAAAUAGUAGAUCAUGUAUAGAAAUGUUGGUGGUUUGUUCAUUGUUUUUUUUUCUGCUGGUAUUUAUGGGUGUUAAGUCAGCUGCUUUGCUAGCUGCGCUGUGAUUUUUAUUGCUGAAAAGCUAUAUUAUUGGAGUAAAAGCAUAUUUGUAAACAUCAGAACUAAAAAAAAAAAAUUAGGAAUAAAAAUCAUUUUCUUAA